UUGAAAUUUUUUUACCACAAGGAGGCGCUAGUGCAUCAUUUCUGACCGUAUGUGUCCGAACUUUGUAACCAGUCGCACGAGAACUUCUUCGAAAAUAAUUUCGGGAUUUGGGACAUACAGUAUUAUGAAACAUCAACUUCAGAUGUCUGGAAUGAAGAACUGAAUGUUGUCCUGGUAUUGUGAAGAUGGCCUGAGCCCAGAGCCCAUAGACUGACAGGAAGGAGAGCAGAGAGAUGGAAGGUGUUUGGGACGUCGCAUUUGUGCUCUUCCAGGUGUGGCUGUCCAUUGUAGCGGGGCUCAUCGUGUUACCUGCCAUGUUUGGUGUGUCCCUGGGGUUCACAGAUAUCUACAUCAAGGUGCUGGUUAAGAUACUAGAGUGGGCAACUCUUAGGAUCCAACGAGGACAGAAGGAACAGCCAACACUGCCAUCACAGUCAGCCAACGGGAUAAUCGAAAAAGAUGACGGCUCUAUGGCAGAGGAGAUCGGAAAGCUGCGACGAGCUCAUCCCAAAAAUCUGGCUGGGGGAGACUUUACUCUGUGUGAUGUCUUCUAUUUUUGUAAGAAAGGCAUUGAGAACAUUGUUGAGGAUCAGGUGACUCAGCGCUUCACGUCGGAGGAACUGGCUUCCUGGAAUCUCCUCACCCGAACCAACAACAACUUUCGCUACAUCAGCGUGCGGCUCACCAUCAUAUGGGGCCUGGGAGUUUUUAUACGUUACUGUAUUUUAAUGCCUCUCAGGAUCACUUUAGCUGCUAUCGGAUUGAGCUGGUUGGUGAUAGGAACUACUUUUGUUGGAUUUCUUCCUAACAGCAACGCGAAGAACUGGCUCAGUGAUUUGGUUCAUAUUACAUGCUACAGAAUAUGUGCCAGAGGCCUGUCUGCUACCAUCCGCUAUCAUAAUAAAGAGAAUCGGCCAAAAAAAGGAGGUAUCUGUGUUGCCAACCACACCUCCCCAAUUGACAUUGUCAUUCUUGCGAACGAUGGAUGUUAUGCUAUGGUAGGUCAAGUUCAUGGAGGUCUCAUGGGGGUCAUCCAGAGGUCAAUGGUGAGGUCCUGUCCUCAUGUGUGGUUUGAGAGAUCCGAGAUGAAAGAUCGCCAUGCGGUUGCCAAAAGGUUGAAAGACCAUAUUGCUGAUAAAACUAAGCUGCCAAUUCUGAUCUUUCCAGAGGGAACUUGCAUUAAUAAUACAUCAGUCAUGAUGUUCAAGAAGGGAAGCUUUGAAAUUGGUGGAACUAUAUACCCAGUUGCAAUCAAGUAUGACCCUCAGUUUGGAGAUGCCUUCUGGAACAGUGCCAAGUACAACAUGGUGAGUUACCUCCUCAGAAUGAUGACAAGCUGGGCCAUAGUGUGCAACGUGUGGUACCUCCCACCCAUGACUCGACAGGACGGAGAGGAUGCUGUUCAUUUUGCUAACAGAGUGAAAUCAGCAAUUGCCAAUCAGGGUGGACUGGUGGAUUUGUCCUGGGAUGGAGGACUGAAGAGAGAAAAGGUCAAGGAGUCAUACAAGGAGGAGCAACAGAAGAUGUACAGCAGUAUGAUCGUAGGCUCGGACUGUCACGAAGCCUCUGUUGGUCCCGCAUAACUUUCAGCCCACACUAUUUAUGAACUUGAUCUGAAAGUGAGAAACACUAGCACAGCCACCGGACACAAUCAAUCAGCACCCAUCAGCACAGUUCCGCUGCUGGGCAAUGUUGCUCUUUUUGAUUCAGCAACUUUUUUAAACUGGAAAAUAUAUUCUUGAGAUCUGAACUUUUCCUUUUCUGUGUACAUAAAUCCUAACAAAUUGUUAUGAUACAUAGUUACAUUACUUGCGUCACUUUGUUCUCAAUCGUCGUUGGGUGCUAGUAUGUCUAGUCCCCACACAAUACAGUGUAUAGAUUUGCAUGUUAAAAUAUUCACUUUGUGCAUGUUCAUAUUUUAUUCCUGUUACAUGAUUUCGUAAAGCUCUUACAGAAUGUGAGCCGCACACACUUUUCUCAGGUCCAGUGGGCUGUUUCUGUGUGGACACUAGAGGUCACUGUUACCAAACAUUUGAGCCACAUCAGACAGCUCACUAUCAUGAUUGCCUUUCCUAAUAAAAUAAUGAAAUGAAACCA